GUGAAACAAACUUUGACGAUAUCUGUCACAUUGACCCAAUUUGAACUUCUAUAAUACAAAUUAGAAAUUAUUUCUGAGGAGUAAGUUCAGAUUUGAAGUUGAAAAACAUUUUUUUUUUCUUUUUUUUCAUAAAAAUGCCGUUCAUCAAGCUGCAGACCUCUGAUAAUGUCAUUUUUAACAUAGAUUUGGAUUUAAUCAUGUGCUCGGGCACUAUUAAGGGUAUGCUGCAGAGUUGCAGUGGAGAGGAUGAAGUUGUGCCAUUGCCAAAAGUGAGAUCGGGGAUUCUAACCAAAAUUCUUGAAUGGGCCGAGUUCCAUCGCAAGGAGUUUAGUGAAAACACUGAAGAAGAGGAUGAGGAGUCUACUGAUGUGGUAUCAAAAUGGGAUAGCGAAUUUAUUAAGGUUGAUCAAAGCAUUCUUUUCGAGCUAAUUACGGUUGCCAAUUUUCUAAACAUUGACGGCUUAAUGCAGUUAGCCUGCAAGACUGUCGCUAAUAUGAUAAAGGAAAAGACCACGGAACAAAUACGCACGAUUUUUAACAUCCAAAAUGUCCUGUCAAACUCGGAAGAACGAGUAAAUGAAUUGGUAGAAAAUCAGAAAUAAUUAUAUUUUAACCUAUAUUUGGACAUAAAAGAAUAAAUUAAUCAGAUUAUAUUAAA